UUAUGUUUUAUUUUCAUUCUGUGACAGUGAUUAUUAUUCCGAAAUCCGUCAUUUGUUUGUAGAUGAUUUGGCUAAUUUUGAAAUUAAAACAGAAAGCUGAAUAAACGUCUCGUUGAAAAUUACGGAGAAAUCACAUUAAAAUGACGACUCUAGAAGAGUUCCCCACAAUAUCCUUAUUACCUAAAAAAGAAACAGGAGUAUAUUCUUUCCUAACUAAGUAUCCGGAAUACGAUGGAAGAGGUACAACUAUAGCAAUAUUGGAUUCGGGGGUAGAUCCCGGGGCUCCGGGGUUGCAGACUACUACAGAAGGACAUAGGAAAGUAAUACAUCGUUUUGACUGCAGUGGUUGUGGGGACGUCUGUACGAUAACAUCUGCUCAACCUUCAGAUGGUAUUAUAAUAGGACUUACUGGACGGAAGUUGCAUAUCCCCGAGGAUUGGAAAAAUCCAACAAAUACUUACAGGAUAGGGCUUAAACAUGCAUAUUGUUUAUUCUCUGAAAGUUUGAGAAAACAGAUGAGGCAAAAAAACAAGGAAAAAUGCUGGGAUACUGUUAAUAGAGAUAUUUUGGCUAAGACAAGAAGAGAAUUAGCUGCAUAUGAUGGUAAAGAUUCUAGCUUGUCAGAUGCAGAAAGAAUGAAAAAGGAGGACUUGGAAGCAAGACUUGAAAUGCUGCUGCAGUUUGAAAAAAAAAUGGUGGACCCAGGACCAGUUUACGAUUGUUUGCUUUUCCAUGAUGGUGAAAUGUGGAGGUGUUGUGUUGAUACAAGCGAAAUUGGAAAUUUGAAGGAGUGUCGCGUUUUGGGGGAAUAUAGCAAAACGGGAGAUUAUGCACCACUCACAAAAGAAUCUAAUUUGAAUUAUAGCUUUAAUGUUCAUGACGAUGGAGACACUUUAGAACUAGUAGGUUUAUGCUCUAUACACGGCACCUUGGUAGCAGCAAUAGCUUCUGCACAUUUCCCAGAUAAGCCAGAGGAGAAUGGCGUCGCUCCUGGUGCCAAGAUUAUUUCCCUGUCAAUUGGAGAUGGGAGAUUGGGAUCGAUGGAAACCGGUACUGCUCUAGUAAGAGCAAUGAUUAAAGUUAUGGAAUUGUCAAGAACUGAAAAUAUUCAUGUGAUAAAUAUGAGUUACGGUGAACACUCCCAUUGGUCUGACACAGGACGUAUCGGUGAGUUGAUGCUUGAAGUUGUUGAUAAGUAUGGAAUUACUUGGGUGGCAUCUGCGGGAAAUCACGGACCAGCCUUGAAUACAGUUGGAACUCCACCAGAUAUCAGUCAGGAAGUUCUAAUUGGGGUAGGAGCUUAUGUUUCUCCGGAAAUGAUGCUGGCAGCUUAUUCAAUGCGACAAAAACUGCCAGGGAUGCUUUACACAUGGUCGUCAAGAGGUCCGACAAUUGAUGGAGGGAUGGGAGUGACAGUAUGUGCACCGGGAGGUGCAAUAGCUCCUUCUCCGAAUUUUACACUUACUUAUUCACAACUAUGUAACGGCACAUCAAUGUCUUCCCCCCACACAGCAGGGGCAAUCAGUCUUAUCAUCUCUGGUCUCAUUAAGAGGAAUCUACCGUUUUCACCCUACAGCAUUAAGAGAGCUAUUGAAGCAUCCGCUACUUUUUUACCAGAAGUGGAAGUUUUCGUACAGGGUAGCGGGCUACUUAAUGUAGAGAAAACAUUCGAUCAUCUGGUUAACUAUCACGAUGCCAAAGAAUUGAAUGUACGCUUCGACAUAACUUGCGGAAAUAAUAAUAGAAAAGGUAUCAUUAGCAGAAAUAAGAUGAGGGUUCAAUCCUUCUGUGAUGCUAUAUCGAUUGAACCACAUUUUCUCAAGAGCGAUAGUGUACCCGCCCAAGAAAAGAUUAAUUUCAAUUUGCGACUGGCCUUAACCUGCGAUGCGUCCUUCAUCGAUAUACCGUCCCAUUUGGAUCUCUCGAAUACUACAAGAAUGAUAACGGUGAAGGUAAAUACUGGUGGCCUUAAACCCGGAGUUCACAGCUCAUGGAUAAAAGCGUAUGAUCGGAGUAACAUUGAAAAAGGACCUCUGUUCAAAGUACCGACCACUGUUAUUAUUCCGGAAGAAUUGAAUAAGCCCAAGUAUAACUUGACACAUACCGACGUAUUGUUUGAAGCCAACACUAUUAAAAGACACUUUAUCCACGUGCCAAAUUUGGCCACUUGGUUCCAGUUGCAUCUAUCGACUAAGAGUGAGGAGUCUAGUAAAUUUGUCGUGCAUGUCCUUCAAAUCCUUUCAAGGAAAUCCUGCAAGACGAUAGAUUCCUAUGAGUCCGUAGUGAUCAAUUCCCAAACGGAAGCAACGUUGGCUUUCAAUGUCAUUGGUGGAGCGACAGUCGAAAUAGUAAUAGCCAAGUUUUGGUCCGAUAUUGGGAGCGCGAAACUAGACUAUAACAUCGUGUUUCGGGGCAUCAAACCCAGCACCAACUGCUUGACGAUGCACUCUGGUGAUGGCGUUCUUGGUUUAGAAGUAGCUACAUUACAAGGAGAAGAAAUUACCCCUUCUUUGGUCCUCACCACAGCAAUACAGGUCGUAAGACCAUCUGAAGGGAAAAUCGCAGCCUUGACACGUCGCGACUUGAUCCCCUACUCACGGCAAAUAUACGAACUUGUAUUAGUUUACAAUUUCUCGAUUUCAAAAUCUCUCGAAAUAAGCCCCAACUUUGCGCCCUUAAGUGAUGUCUUAUACGAGGGGGAGUUUGAAUCCCAGAUGUGGAUGCUGUACGAUAGCAAUAAACAAUUGAAGGGUAUCGGAGAUGCUUAUCCGUCCAAGUAUUCUGUGAAAAUUGACAAGGGGGAGUAUGUUAUCCGUUGUCAGGUUAGGCAUGAAAAACUAGAAUAUUUGGAGAAGUUGAGUGAGAGUCCCAUCCUUAUUCACCAAAAAAUGAGCAACCCCAUUGCGGUGGAUUUAUAUACUUCCUACAGCAGUGCGAUAGUUUCUAACAAAAAAACUACAGGUUGUUCGACCUCAAGCUCGAUGGUUGUAAACCUCUAUAUCGCCCCCAUACCAAACGACAAGUUACCCAAACUGAACGCACAAUAUUUAAUGGGGAGGAUUUCGUUCGUAAAGGAUGAAGCUGCCAAGAAAGUUGAUACUUAUCCUUUCAAAUAUAUCCUCACCGAAGGAAACAAUAAAAAAAAUACUAGUAAUAAUGAAACAUCAGCCAAACUCAAACUAGAAGAAGCUAAUGAGCAAAUAAGAGAUAUGAAAAUACAGAUGCUCUUAAAACUUGAUCCGGCUGAUGCGGAGAAAAUGUUUGAAGAUUUAAACAAUGAUAAGGCAGCCAGUACCAGCGCUUCCCUUUAUUCUACAUUUUUGACAGUUAUCGAUCCCCUAGAACCGAAAACUUCUCUGCCUUCCUUCAAAACUAACGAUGAAGAUAAGUCUCAUAAAAGUACCAGUAGAGUGAUAUCGAUCUGUGAUAAAAUUUUAAAUAUGGUCGAUGCGGAUGCACUUCUGAUCCAUUCUGCUAUAAAAACAGACUCUAAAGCGGACUCUGCCAAAAAUAAAAAAAUGGAGGCCCAAAAAACCGCAUUGAUUGAGGCUCUUUGCCAUAAAGGAAUUGCAAAAUGUCGAUUGGCCCCCGAAACUGAUACGGAGGAAUCAAAGUCCCAUUUGGAAGUCACUGAGAUAUGGAAGAGUCUGGGUAGAUUUGUUGAUCUGAAUGACUCCACGUUAAAGUCUGCUCCAGCAAAUAUUCUAUACUUCUUGAUAUGGUAUUCUCACUUGAAAAAAUGUCACGGUAAAACGUUCAAGUAUCUGUGGAGGCUUCAGGAAGAUCAGAAAAACAAACUGAUCGAAGAGAAAUUGAUUGAUCUCAGUGUAUUAGUUGGAUGGCCCCAUGUGGAAAAGCAUUUGAGAAGGACGAUAGUUUCAAAGUUUUCCGACGACUACCAACUAUUUUGAAUACGUUAUUAAUUAUUUGACCGUCUGCUGUGUGAAAUGAUUAAUUUUGCUCUUGUUUCAAAUUUUAAUGAUUUUUGCUCUUUGUCAUUAUAAAAAAUAGUCACUUAAAAUUUUGUAUUCUUGUUCCAGCAUUUCUGAAAAAUAAUAAAAAAAUUACACUC